GGAUGACUUUUUAAGAAUAAAAACAAAAGCGAAGACAAUGGCGUCUCUCUCUGCCCGAAUCUUUCUCUGCUUCGCCUUAAUGAUGGCUACCUGCUUGAUGAUAGGCGUGAAUGGAAGCCUAGAAGGAGGUCAGAGGGAGUUCGAUUACUUCGCUUUGUCUCUUCAAUGGCCCGGCACCAUCUGCCGCCGGACUCGCCAUUGCUGCUCCUCCAACGCCUGCUGCCGAGGCUCGAAUUCUCCCACUGAAUUUACUAUUCAUGGAUUAUGGCCGGAUUAUAAUGAUGGAACUUGGCCCUCCUGUUGUGCCCGAUCUCAGUUUGAUGUCAAAGAGAUUUCGACAUUGCUUGAUGCACUUGAGAAGUACUGGCCAUCCUUAUAUUGUGGCCAAACAUCAACUUGCUUCAGUGGAAAAGGGAUAUUUUGGGCUCACGAGUGGGAGAAGCAUGGAACUUGCUCCUCUCCAGUAGUUCGAGAUGAAUACAGCUAUUUUAUAACGACCCUCAAUGUUUAUUUCAAAUAUAAUGUCACGAAAAUACUGAAUGAAGCUGGAUAUGUUCCUUCUAAUAGCGAAAGGUAUCCUCUUGGAGGCAUCGUCUCUGCCAUUCAGAAUUCUUUCCAGGCAACACCGGAGGUGAUUUGUUCAAAAGAUGCUGUGGAGGAAAUUCGUUUAUGCUUCUAUAAGGAUUUUAAGCCUCGAAACUGUUUGGCUUCAAAGACCUCAUGUCCGAAGUAUGUUAGCUUGCCAGCAUAUUUGUCGUUGGGGCGUGAAGAAUCUGAAAGUGAUGUUGCAUGGAUAUCUGAUGGUGAAGCUCUGUAAGACAUGGGCUGAAGUUUCUGUAUCAAUAAUGUAACAUAUAUAUUUCAAUUAGAUACUGGUUUGUACAGGGCUAUAUUGGGGUUCCUCUGUUAAACUCUUCAACUUGUUUCAUUUAACCAUCAGAAGAAACAUCUUCUAUGAUC